CCACAGAGAGAAGCAGAAGAGCUGCUCAGGUAGCGCUCACCUUUCCUCUUGUGAGGCAUCACCAGAGUGCCACUGGUGAGACAACAUCUUUAUGGUAGGCUUAGGUUAACAGCUGUAUUUUUACAUUCUACCAGUUUAGUCUUUAACUACUGCAUGCCAUAGCAUACGCUGUAAGGCUUAAAUACCGUAAAACUGUAAAUUGCUAUGUAACACUAUACAGCACAGAGACUAUGGCAUUACAAGUUUCCACAAAAAAUUUGAAUCAGUAGAAGAAGCAGUCCUGCACAUCCUCUGCUGCUGGCCACCCUUUUUCACCCCUGUUUAAUCUGUUUUCUUGUACAAUCCAAUGUUUUGUGAGACCAGGCAAUGCAAAAUUUAAAUAACGCUGUCUAAAUCUAACUAUAUUAGUAUUCAAUUUUAUUGCAGGCUUUUGCCUGGAUCCAUUCUUACAGUUGUUCCCAAGUGCAACCACAAACACUCAUGCUGGCCUAAGGGAAGGGAAAUCAUGGGGCUGAAUGAGCAGUGGCAGUGAGGGAACAGUUUUUGGGACAAUAUUGGCUUAUGCAAGCCUCAGAUGCUUGUAGAACUGCUGUCUAAAGAAAAUAGCAAUUUUUUUGUGCUUUGUACAUAGCUGCUUUCAGGGUUUUUUUCAGGUGUCCAAGUCAAAUCAUAUUGAACUUUUGGCCUAUAAGGUAAGAUUUGGAACACGGUAUAUACAGAAGUAAUAAAAAUGAAAAGUCAGUUGCUACAAGGCAGCAGCAUGAAAGGUAUCCAAACAUUAAAGUGGGGCUGAAGGUUUAAUUAAAACCUUGAGAAUUAUUAAAUUAUAGGUUUAGAAACUACUUUCAAAGUCCUUGUGUGUUGCAUAUUCAAUAUUCAUCCAGUUUACAGAGCUUUAGCACCACAGAUGCCAACGCAAGAUGAGAAUCAGCAUAAUCAGUCCUCGUGCCCUGCUGAGGCUUUGCAAAGUGACUGUGCACAGACAGUAAUCAGUUGAUAAAACCAUGGUGCACUAAAACUGGGUGCCAGUAAUCCUGCUAGGGUGCUAUAUUUACUUGGUCUAUAUCGGUCAUGAUCUGUAAGAGGUUUAAAGUCACUCUCAAAAGCAGAGUUGGUGUUUGAAUCAUCAUUGUCGGGAAGCAAGAAUGAACAUUUGGAUGAAUAAAUACUGAAAAAGGUUACUUGGUAUGUUUGCUAUGGGUGCUGCUGGAUCAGCGGAUGACAUUAAUGCUAUGGAAAUUCACCAUUGGUACACAAAAUUUAUGAAGGAGUGCCCUUCUGGACAGCUUUGUCUGCAUGAAUUUAAACAUGUCCUGGAUCUACAUGGACUUACUCCAGAAGCUAACAGCUAUGUCGAACAAGUAUUUCACACAUUUGACAUGAAUAAGGAUGGAUUUAUCGACUUCUUGGAGUUCAUAGCUGCAAUAAAUUUGGUUAUACGAGGGAAAAUUGACCAAAAAUUGAAAUGGUAUUUUAAGCUAUACGAUGCUGAUGGAAACGGAUGUAUCGACAAAAAAGAACUAUUAAGCAUAUUCUCGGCUAUCCAGGCUAUCAAUGGCUACACAAACAUGUCUGCUGAAGAGUUCACAAACAUGAUAUUUCAGAAGAUAGAUGUGAACAACGAUGGGGAGCUCACUCUAGAAGAAUUUAUCAACGGUGUGGAAAGAGACGAGGACCUAAUGGAAUUGAUUACAAAAAGUUUUGACCUUUCCAACGUGCUCAAGGUCAUACAGAGCGGCAGGAGACACAGCGUCUGAAGGAUCCAGUGAUGGAUGUGGCACCUGUGUCACCAGUUCAAGGAAGAUAAUAUUUGAUGCGUUAAGAGAGCUUUACGUUGUUCAGGCUUGCCCAGGCAAUACCAAGUGGCCUGCUCCAGGAGUAACAAUUUUCGCUCUUGACUCCAUAGCUCUCCUUUUCUUUACUAUUUCCCUCGUUAAUGACUGUGGCGGCCACAGAACACAAACCUUUGCCCACAUAUAACAGAAAAGUUAUUUGAUGCAGUACAAGUAACUCGCUUGGUCUCAAUGAACACUGUUCAGAGUAAUCAAUAAAAUAAUGAAAAUAUCACAAAAUGCAACCUUUCUAGAAAACACGGCGUUAACAAAUUUCUUCUUUUAAGUACAGGCUCUUUAAUCUACUACCUAAAGUGUGGGCAUGAACUUCUAGGAAAGACUGUGUUCUAUCUGGAUCAAUUAAGAACGAAGCCUGGUUUGCAUUAACUUAACAUUUGCUCUGAGUUCUUAAAAUUGGAGUAGGUUCUCUGGGAAACAUCUUGGUCAGUUUAAUAUUCCUGAGAUGUGCAUCCUCCUUAACAAACUGUCUACCAUUCUUGAUUUUAUUACAUAUGAAAAUUAAAAUAAUGUAAUGCUUUGAUGGUUUGGUGUGGUUCAGCUACUGUUCUUUCAAAUUAACCUUUUAUAGAAGCACUGGAAUGAAAUUUUGUUAUCUUUGUAGAUUAAAAUUAGAAGUUCAAAGAAGAGCUGAAACCAAAUAAUUUUGUAAGCACUCUGUUUUCCCAGAGAUUUGUGUCCUUUGACUUGUAUGUCCUCCUUUUCUAAACAAUUUGUUUUCACUGGGCACUUCGCCAUGGCUGCAUGAGACAAAAGGUAAGAGGCAUCAUGAUUAAUUCCUGCUGAUGGGACUGCUGGCUUCUGCCAAACAGACUGUUUAACAGCUGAAUUCUUCCUGCCUUUCCCUGACAGGGACUACUAAUUUAGGUAUCUUUGCCCUGCGCAGAUAUCUGGGUGAAAACUUUUAGCAAUUUAGUCUCUCUGAUAGUUCUACCUUCUUUCAAACUGGGUUGCAAUUGUCUCUGAAUGUGGUAGCUGUUAGGAGUGCAGGGAAGGCAUUCACAAAUGGCAUGAUCAUAUAUGCCUCAUUUUCCUAGGAAACUAGGCUAAAACCAACUCAAUCUUACUUUAUAAAUAACAAGAUUAAUUCUACAAGCUAAAACAGAACUGCAUGAACUGUCUGAAAAGGGAAAAUUACAGUUCUCUCUGGUUCUGUUAGGACUGAUUCUCUCUCGAGUCCGCAACAAGUUUUAUCAAAUUACUACAUUAUAUCAGAAGUUCUCCUUGGCUGACAGUGCCCUGCAGGAAUCACACUAAUAUUUGUUAGUGUUAGAAACAUUGGCUUUAUGCAAAAUAAUUUGUGCAUGGGUCGGUGCAGGCUGAAUGAAACAAUUAUUAAGACUUCAAUAUGAAAAUGUUUUUCUUCCAAAUUCACUUCAAAUCUGUGUCCAUUUGCACAAGAAAUGUGCUCCAUCAUCUGUAAUUAUUAUCCCAGGUUCUGAUUUGAUCAACGGACUAUACUAAGAGUAUGCAACAUGCAUCAUUUGACAUUAUAAACAGUUCUGACAUUAUAGUUCUGACAUUUGAAUCUUUUAUAUCCUUUCCUAAAUAAAUAAAUAAAGGAGAGAGAAUGAUGCAUGAGAUUGCUGGUGGUUCAAAUUUUAAGUUCUUGUAUUUAUUCACCAUUGACACAUUAAUAUGUCAUUGUCAGUAUAAGUUUUCUCACACCCAGACUUCAAAAUAUCCCUUUUCUUAAUCUAACACUUUUGCAUUUAGAUCCUAUGAGGGUUGUAUCCUUCAGAACUGGCUUUAAAAUAUGGUCCAAUCUAAACAAUUUGGGUGUAUGGGAGCAGAUGUGGCUUGGAUUUUUGCUUUUAAACUAACGAAAUCAUGGGCUUUGAAAAAAUGAAAACUAUCUAUCUACACAGACUCUUUUUUAUAGAGGCAUUUUAAAGAGAAUAUGUCAAUUUGAACUUGUCUAAUUUUUCUGUAUAACUGUAAUUAUAUGAAGUGAAUUACAUAUUCAGGAGGAGUGUUGUGUUGUAUUAAAAAAAAAUAUGUAUGUAAGGAAAUUCUUAGCCAUUUUUUGUUACACUAAAUUUUAAAGGAGUAGCUGACAUGGUCAUUUUCCACACUUUGAUCUAAAAUAAUUUAGCAGAAACCUGUGUAAUUAAGAAGCAAAUAUCUUUACCGUUGGAUGUAAACACUCUGGCACAUAAUAUCAAAAAAUAUUUACUUACAGUAACUCCACAUGUGUUUGGGACUAGUCAUAAGAUUCUAUCUAGUUUUUUAUAAGUUGAUUAACAUAAAUUUCCUUUAACUAUUUAAGCAUCAUUUG